CUUGUACAGUGCACACAUCCACUUCCACAGAUCUUCGGCUUCUGCUCAGGCUGCUUUGCAUUCUCUGGAUUGCCUUCAGAGUAACACCGAGUACGUUUAUUUACAUUUGGAAUAUUUUUCUACUUGCUGCGCGGACUCCUUAAAGCUAUCUUGUGACACAGUUCUCCAUACUGUCGCAUUUUCGGCAUAAACUGGGAAACAACCCCGUAUGCUUGUGUGCACCUGUGUUUGAAUCAAUCAUCGCUGACAAAUGACUGCAGAAAGGCAACAGUCUCCUUAUAAGGUACACUCCGUGGGAUCCAGAUAUCACCAGAACAUUGCUAAUAGCAACGAUAGCAUGCCUGUUGUGAAAGUGGAGAAAGACACCUCGCCCAAUGUCUCCAUUACAACGCCACACACUGACACCGAAGAUCCUCCAAAGGGCCGAAGAAGAAAAAGACCACUCCAGAGGGGCAAACCGCCAUACAGCUACAUUGCCCUCAUUUCAAUGGCGAUUGCCAACUCCCAAGAAAGGAAACUUACUUUGGGGGGCAUCUACAGGUUUAUCACGGAAAGGUUUCCCUUUUACAGGGAUAACUCCAAAAAGUGGCAAAAUUCAAUUCGACACAACCUCACCCUAAACGACUGCUUCGUUAAGAUACCCCGGGAACCCGGGCGCCCUGGGAAGGGCAACUACUGGGCCCUAGACCCCAAUGCUGAAGAUAUGUUCGACAGCGGCAGCUUCCUGAGACGAAGGAAGAGGUUUAAACGUUGUAACUUUACCACCUAUCCAGCCUAUGUCCACGAAUCGCCUGUCUUUGCGCCCAUGCAAAUGUCCAGAUCCGGCUAUGCCAAUUCAAUGUACCCGAACGUGACUGUGAAUCCCUCUUACAGCCAACAGAUUGCACCUCACUCAUCGGUUUACUACCCGACGUCUUCCCCUAGCUUUAACUCCAGCCAGGCUAGAGUGUUUAGCAUCAAUACCAUCAUAGGACAUCACGGUGGUCUAACCUCUGGGGCAGACUUAAUCCAGCAACCCAGCAGGAGCUUCAGUCCCGACCUGGCAUCAGUUGGCAGCUCGUGUAACCUUGGAGGAGUCGGCUACCAAGCCCCCUCUUGUGGGGGGUCAGUGCUCUCUAGGUCGUCGAACCCAGUGUCCUACUCGUACUCUGUGGCAAAUGGGCACCUGUCCAUGAACCAAACUGCAUACCCCCAGGGGAACAGUCAGAUUUAUGGAACUUCCUGCCGUCUGGGAAUACCCAAUUCACCUUCAAUGACAAAUGACAAUAUGGAACUUUAUGGAAGACUGUCCCCUGGUCAGUACACAACCUUAGCACAAUAUAAUAGUAGCAGCCAAAUCCCGAGCACGAACGCGUAUAUUAGGCAUGCAACGUAUUCCGGCAAUAUGGAAAGGUUUGUGUCUGCAAUUUAAGACGUUUUUUUUUU